CUCUUUUCCUCUCAUUCUUAGGACACGUUGACUCAUCCUCGUUGAUGUUAUAGAGCUGUAAUUGUGCAGGAACCAGUUUGUUACGCAGCAGCUCUGUGAAGCAGAUCCAGAAUCAGAGCAGAUCUAAAUCAUAGCUUUCAUUGCUCACAUCUGUGAACCUGCUUCAUGCUGAGCUUCAGGCUUCACAGUCAGACACGGUGACGCUGCUUCAACAGUUUCUUUGUGCUGCUUGAACCUGCAGACGUCUAGAAACUGAAGGUUUCUCUGUGGAGGGAGCGAGCGAGUGUCAGAGGAUGAGGAUGUGUGUUCUCCUGUGGACGACUCUGCUCUUCUAUGUGAGAGGCAUCAGCUGUGACGGAGCUGCUCUGAAGCAACGCUGUCAAACUGGAUCCUACUGUAUCAGCCUCAGUGAGGGAGGAACAACAGCAGAGGCUGGACUCUGUGCUGUUAUACCCUGUUCCUUCACUGUUGAUGCUGGAUUUAAUGCCACACAAUUAAUGUGGUAUAAAUGUGGUGCAGAGUUACCAAUGAAAUGUAAUGAAGCUCACCCACUAACAUGUAACUCCAGCAGUAGAUCAGCAGUAUUUCAGUCUGAGUUUGGAGGACGAGUGUCUCUGUUGGAGCCUGACCUGAGUCUGAGGAACUGCAGCAUCAUCAUCAGUGACCUCAGACAAUCUGACUCUGGAUCAUUUCAGCUCAGACUCUGUGGUUACAAAAACAAGAAGCCAGACAGCUUCACAUUGACUUCUCCAGCAACUCUUACAGUUACAGGUCUGAGUCAGACGCCCACAGUGACGGUUCCUCCACUGACAGCAGGACAGCAGAACACUGUGACCUGCACUGCUCCUGGUCUCUGCUCUGGAUCUGCUCCUACAUUCACCUGGAGGUGGAGGAAACCAGGAGGAACCCACUCUCACAUCACAGGAAACAUCACAGCCGUCACCACGGAGGAUGUGAGCACUGUCACACAGAGACACAGCUCAACUCUGACCUUUGACCUUUCAGCUGAGCACCACGGCACAGAGGUGACCUGUGAGGUCAGCUUCACAGGAGACGUAAAGACAGAGGAGACGGUGACUCUGAACGUGAGCUAUGUGCAGGAAAUUAGAAUCAGUGGAAACACGACCGUGGCAGAGGGUGAGACUCUGAACCUGAGCUGCACCGUUGACAGUUUCCCUCCAUCGUUUCUGACGUGGACUAAACUUUCUGACCGAGACCAAAACACAACGGAACCACAGCAGCAUGUGGACGAAGGAGCAGCUGCUCUGUCCAUCACUAACGUCAGGGCAGAACAUGCCGGACGCUACAUCUGCACAGCAAAACAUCUGGACAGCACCCGGAGGAAAGAGGCCGACGUGACGGUGACGUAUAUGAGAGAACCUGAGGUCAGAGGGAACACAACAGUCAAAGAGGGAGAGGCUCUGAAUCUGACCUGCAGGGUUGAAAGUUGUCCUCCAGCUCUGGUCACGUGGACCAAACGCGGCUUCAACCGCACCCUGAGCGCUGGAACGGACAGCGAGCAGCAGAACAACGCUGCCUCAGCGUCGCUCUUCAUCCCAGAGGCCACGGAGGAGACGCGUGGACGCUACGUGUGCACGGUGCAGCAGCGCCGCGCGGCCGUGGCCGUGCACGCUGACGUGCAGGUCCUGUGCCUCCCAAGGAUCCUCCAGUCUCACUGUGAGCUGCGUGCACACGUCCUGACCUGCGUGUGCGUCGCCCAGGCCUCUCCUGUAGCCGCCGUCCGAUGGCCGCUGCUGGAGAAGCGCCGCGCGUACUCUGUCACCACCUCUGUGUCCGACCUCACAGUCAACAGCAGCGUCACCGUGGCCGUGAGCGACCGCAGCCACGCGUCUGUGGAGUGCGUCGCCAUCAACGCCAACGGGGAAGCAAAGAGGAAGCUCAGCGUCGGAGCGAACCUGACUCAGCAGGAAGAACAAAACAGAACGUUACAGAAAGUCUUUUCUCGGCUGGAAACAGUCGUUGCCUUUUUGGUCGGUGUUCUUCUGUCAACGCUCAUUUGCUGUUUGGUCAAAAGUUGCCACAGAAGGAGACGGAACCGUUCUGCACAUCUGGAUGAAACUCUGCAGAUGGUGUCGACUCCAGAGGAUCCACUGAUGAACGAUGGUCCAGCUGGACAGUAUGAACAGAUCCAGGUCCAGAGGGGACAGAACGGGUCCGUUGCUCCAGAGCAAAGCGCCGCUGAGUGUGACGGCGGCACCAAAGACGUGGAGUACGCCAGCAUCGACCUGUCCCUGCUGAACAGGAGGAAUCCUGGGAGGGAAGCAAAGAGAGAGAGCACGCGAACGGAGUACGCUGAGGUGAAGAGAGAGGUCAAAGAGGAAAGGAGAGACGAGGAUGGAGCGGAGGAGGAGGAGGAGGAGGAGGAGGAGGAAGAGGAGGAGACGCAAGACUGUGUCCCAGAGGAGGAGACGGCCGUUUAUUCCAGUGUGAAGGACUUGAUGGGUGAAAAGUGAGCGCUUGUGUCACAUGUGGACAGUUUAUACGAUGGACUGAGUCUCAUCCUCCUGAAUCCACACACAUCCACCAAACAGCCUGACUCACACCAUGGUCCUGAUUCAGAGGAUGUUAGAGAAUCUUGGGUUUUAUUGUAUGUAGUACUACACGUUUUUACAGUUUCUUGUUCAGCUACUGUUUAAAUUGCUGCCCUGCAUGGAGUCACUUCCCUUUUUCAAAUUAGAUAAUUGCAUGCGUGUGAUGACAGAUAACCAGCUCGAAUUGUGUGAACAGGACGUAAUGCUUAAAUACAAUAAAAUACCUUUAAGCUCA